AUGAGCAAUAAUGACACCACAAAGAAGCAAACGGAGAGCAUCAAAGAACCAACAGGGGAUGAGAAGCAACCAAAGGAAGCUAAGGAGCAAGUUGUGGUGCCAAACAAAAGCACUGAGAAACUCAAAAAGCAGGACAACCAAUCACAUAGCUCAAAGGAAAUGACUCAGGGACAGCAGCACAUAGGAAAAAGCAUCACACCUCCAUUGCCAUACCCUCAUAGAUUCAACAAAGAGGUUAAGGACCAACAUUUCCACAAGUUCCUUGAAACCUUCAAGAAGCUGGAAAUCAAUAUCCCCUUGGCGGAAGCACUUGAACAAAUGCCUCUCAUCAAUUUAAUGCCUCUUUCGAUGAUGAGAACGCUUGAUAUAGAAGAGCUUAAACCCACCAGGAUGUCAUUAGUUAUGGCUGACAGAUCCAUCAAGACACCCAAUGGAAUUGUGGAAAAUCUGUUGGUGAAGAUUGGGGAAUUCAUCUUCCCAGCAGAUUUUGUGAUUUUGGAUACUGAAGAGGAAGGAAGUGACUCAAUCAUUUUAGGAAGGCCAUUUUACACACAGCAAGAGCCAUCAUUGAUGUAG